AUGAUUUACAUAUUAUAAAGCUCAAAUUAAAUUGGGGAUGAUGGAGCUUCUACUAUUGGUACAGCACUUGGUUACUGCAAAUUCCUUACUAAUCUCUCAUUUAGCAGUUGGAACAAUAAAAUCGGUGAUAAAGGAGCAUAAAAUAUUGGAUUAGGUUUGAGUAAGUGCACUCAACUUAUACAUUUACAAUUUGUCAUAUUCUCAAAUUAAAUUGGGGAUGAUGAAGCUUCUACUAUUGGUACAGCACUUGGUAACUGCAAAUUCCUAACUAAUCUCAGAUUUAAUGUUGAGUGUAAUAACAUCGGUGAUAAAGGAGCAUAAAAUAUUGGAUUAGGUUUGAGUAAGUGCACUCAACUUACACAUUUAGAAUUUGACAUAAGCUCAAAUUAAAUUGGGGAUGAUGGAGCUUCUACUAUUGGUAUAGCACUUGGUAACUGCAAAUUCCUUACUAAUCUCAUAUUUAUAAUUUCGAGCAAUAAAAUCGGUGAUAAAGGAGCAUAAAAUAUUGGAUUAGGUUUGAGUAAGUGCACUCAACUUACACAUUUAGAAUUUAACAUAAACAUAAAUUAUGUUGGGGAUGAUGGAAUUUCUACGUUUAGUACAGCACUUGGUAACUGUAAAUUCUUAACUAAUCUCACAUUUGACAUUUAGAACAAUAAAAUAAGUGAUAAAGGAGCAUAAAAUAUUGGAUUAGGUUUGAGUAAGUGCACUCAACUUACAAAUUUAGUUUUUAGAUCAGAUGAAGAAUUGGAUGAAUAUACUUAAUAAAGAAAAGUAGAAAAAAAAAGGUUAGCUCAAAAAAUAAAAAGAUUAGUAAAAUUAAAAGUUUGA